CUCUGAGGGAGGAUUGUGGAUAGUCUCUUCACGCGUGGAAUCCUGCUCACGAGGAUUUCGGGUGUGUAAGGAAAUGUAGGGGCUACUACUACACCACGAGCCGGAUUUAUUACGAGUUCUGACUGAAUCUCCAUGCGAAGACAUGCUUGCAUAUUCUUUUUGCCAACACAUCCUGGAGAUCAUUUAGACGCAACUUUGGAGCGGCUGCUUUUGCCCGCUGAAUCUGUUUCAGUGAGGAGUGUGCUGCAAACAUGCAGAACCACGUGACUUCACUGCUGGUGGUUCUGCUGCUCCUGUGCGGCUGCACUGGGAUCCAAAGCCUCGACACUGCGCCCAUCCCUCUGUUUACCCAGUCUGUUUACAAUGCAACCAUUUAUGAGAACUCCGCUGCUAAGACCUAUGUGGAAAGUCCUGUCAAAAUGGGAAUCUACAUCACAGACCCUACCUGGGAAAUACGGUACAAAAUCGUGUUGGGAGACAAUGAGAACCUUUUCAAAGCUGAGGACUAUCAAUUGGGAGACUUUAGUUUUUUGCGAAUAAGGACCAAAGGAGGUAGCAGUGCCAUUCUUAACCGGGAGGUUAGAGACCACUAUAUUCUCACAGUCAAAGCCAUGGAAAAGAAUUCAAAUGCUGAGGCUCGAACACAAGUCAGGAUUCAGGUACUGGACACAAAUGAUCUUCGGCCACUGUUCUCUCCAACCGCUUAUAGCAUAUCUAUACCGGAAAACACAGCUAUUCGCACAAGCAUAGCCAAGGUGAUGGCGACGGAUGCGGAUAUCGGUACGAACGGAGAGUACUACUACAGCUUCAGAGAAUGGACGGACAUGUUUUCGGUCCACCCCACAAGUGGUGUAGUUACGCUAACCGGAAAGCUGGACUACUCUGAGACAAUGCAGUAUGAAUUAGAGAUUUUAGCAGUGGAUCGAGGCAUGAAGCUGUAUGGUAGCAGUGGAUUUAGCAGCAUGGCUAAGUUAACGGUACGAGUGGAGCAGGCCAACGAGCAUGCACCGGUCAUCACUGCUGUAACCCUAGCACCCUCAGACACUGACAAGGACCCUACUUAUGCUGUUGUGACUGUCGAAGACAAUGACCAAGGUGCUAACGGUGAUAUAGCAUCUCUCAGCGUGGUUGCAGGCGACCCUCUUCAGCAGUUUAAAGCCAUGCGGACAAGUCCAGGCAGCAAGGAAUAUAAAAUCAAAGCAGUUAAGCAGGUUGACUGGGAUAGUCAGCCCUUUGGAUACAACCUAACACUGCAAGCCAAAGACAAAGGAAGUCCACCCCAGUUUUCAUCUGCAAAGGUCAUCCAUGUCACGUCCCCCCACUUUAAAGUAGGGCCUCCUAAGUUCAAUCAAGCUAUUUACAGAGUCAAUGUGAGUGAAUUUGCACCACUGCACACACCUGUUGUAAUGGUAACAGCUGUGCCAAAGUAUCCUCAGCUUAAGUAUGCAUUUAGACACAAAUUGGAUAAAAAUCAUUUUGCCAUUAAUGCAGAUUCAGGCUUGAUCACAACAGCUGGGCCCCUCUACGCAGACUCCGUGAACAAGUAUGAAUUAGAAGUUGUGACCAGCGACAAAAAAGCAGCUGCAAAAGUAAUUAUCAAUGUGAUCGACGUGAACAACAAUGCCCCAGAAUUCAAACAGACAUCUUACAAAGCUAGCAUUGAUGAAAAUAUGCCCAUAGGUACUAGUGUACUAACAGUGAAAGCCACUGAUUUAGACAGUGGGGAAAAUGGAUAUGUCACUUACAGCAUUGCCAAUGUGAAUCCCCAGCCGUUUGUCAUUGACUACUUCUCUGGUGUCAUCAGUAGUUCAGAGAUUUUGGAUUAUGAACUGAUGCCAAGGAUUUAUACCUUGAAAGUGCGGGCGUCAGACUGGGGUUCCCCUUUUCGACGUGAGGUGGAAACUCAGGCUACAGUCACACUUAACAACUUGAAUGACAACAAGCCACUUUUUGAGAAUGUGGAUUGCGACAUAACUGUGCCAAGAGACCAUGGCGUUGGUGAACAGAUCACAACGGUGUCUGCUAUUGAUGCUGAUGAGUUGCAGUUGGUGAGGUACAGAGUGAAAGCUGGGAAUGACUUGAAUCUUUUUGAAAUUAAUCCAAACUCAGGCGUUCUGUCUUUAAAGCAGCCUUUGAGUGAGGGCGAGGCAGCAAAAGUGUCCUAUCACAGCUUGCAGAUCAUAGCCAGUGAUGGUGAACGCGAAACUCAGCCCAUGUUUUUGAACAUUACGGUCGUUAUGGCGCGUAAACCAGUCCAAGUGAACUGUAUUGAUACUGGAGUUGCCAGCAUGCUGGCAGAAAAGCUGCUGCAAGGAAGCAAGAUCCACAGCCAAAGCGAACCCGAAGACCACUUCCAAGACUUUCACUCCGUGAAUCGCGUUGCGCCCCAGUUUGCAGAAACUUUUCCCAGUGUGACUGAGGUCAAGGAAGACUUGCCUGUUGGGGCCAGAAUUGUCCAUCUUAGUGCCACAGAUUCUGACAGUGGUUUUAAUGGAAAACUGGUUUAUGUUAUCUCUGGGGGUGAUGCUGGGAGUCGUUUCGUCCUUGACAUGGACAGCGGAUGGCUCAAAGUGUACGCACCUCUUGACAGAGAAACAACUGAUCACUACACAUUGAACAUUACCGUGUAUGACCUUGGAAUACCCCAGAAGUCAUCUUCACGUCUGCUGGAUGUAAAAAUCCUGGAUGCUAAUGACAACAGCCCACAGUUUUUACAGGACUCAUACUCCGUGGACAUCAGCGAGGGCACUGCGGUGGGCACAGAGAUCAUUCAAGUUGAAGCAAAAGAUAAAGAUCUUGGCGAUAAUGGCGUGGUCAGAUACUCCAUAUUGGCAGACACGGAUCAAUUUUCUAUUGAUACAGAAACCGGGAUCGUUACGGUGAAGAAGCCUCUAGACCAUGAAGUGCAACCCAGUUUUGUGCUCAAGAUAGCAGCUCGUGAUCAGGCCGCUGCUGAACCUCAACUUGUCUCGACUGUGUUGCUUAAAAUCACACUGGAGGAUGUAAAUGACAACCCCCCAAAAUUUAUUCCUCCAAACUAUCAGGUGAGAGUACGUGAGGAUCUACCCAUUGGUACUGUUAUAAUGUGGCUGGAAGCUCACGACCCUGAUGUUGGGCCAUCUAGCCAGGUACGAUACAGCCUCAUUGACAGUGGGGACGGGAAAUUUGAAGUAGACAAAUUAAGUGGUGCCAUACGAAUCGUUCAGAAUCUGGAUUACGAGAAAAAGCAAGUGUACAGUCUCACAGCAAGGGCGAAGGACAAAGGGAAGCCGAUAUCUUUGUCCUCAAGUUGUCACAUUGAGGUGGAGGUUGUGGACGUGAAUGAGAAUCUGUACAGGCCAUUGUUCCCAUCAUUUGUGGAUAAGGGAUUUAUAAAAGAGGAUGUGCCCAUUGGAACAUCAGUGAUGAAAAUCACAGCUCAGGAUGAGGAUAAAGGAAGAGACGGAGAAAUCCGUUACUCCAUUCGGGAUGGGUCGGGUCUGGGGAUCUUUACUAUCGACGAAGAAACUGGUGUGAUCCAGACACAGGAACUGUUGGACCAUGAGACCGUGCCUCACUACUGGCUGACGGUCUACGCCACUGACCGUGGUGUGGUCCCGCUGUCUUCCUUCGUGGAGGUCUACAUCGAAGUCCAGGAUGUCAAUGAUAAUGCCCCACAGACCUCUGAACCUGUCUAUUAUCCGUCCGUCAUGGAGAACUCACCUAAAGAUGUCUCCAUCAUCCAGAUUGAGGCGUUUGACCCAGACACCAAGUCCAGUGAAAAGCUGUCCUACAAGAUCACUAGCGGGAACCCCCAGGGUUUCUUCAGCAUCAACCCUAAGACUGGUGUGAUCCAGACACAGGAACUGUUGGACCAUGAGACCGUGCCUCACUACUGGCUGACGGUCUACGCCACUGACCGUGGUGUGGUCCCGCUGUCUUCCUUCGUGGAGGUCUACAUCGAAGUCCAGGAUGUCAAUGAUAAUGCCCCACAGACCUCUGAACCUGUCUAUUAUCCGUCCGUCAUGGAGAACUCACCUAAAGAUGUCUCCAUCAUCCAGAUUGAGGCGUUUGACCCAGACACCAAGUCCAGUGAAAAGCUGUCCUACAAGAUCACUAGCGGGAACCCCCAGGGUUUCUUCAGCAUCAACCCUAAGACUGUUACAUACACAAAUGUGAAGGUUAUUUUUGCUAGCGGUGGCCAAUGA